AUGAUGUCAUCAGUCCUGGCCGUUGUCUCUCUCCUCCUCUUGCAGACAGGGGUCCAGGGGUUCCUGGUGCUCUUCUCAGGCAGCUCCAUGGACCACCUGGAGAUCACCAGGGAAGCCAUCUUACAGACCACGGCGAAGGUGUGCAUGCAACUGGCCUCUGUUGAGGGAAGAGACUUCACUCUGCCGCCCGGACCCCUGACUGCAGAGUCUCUGGCUCUAGCCUGCUCCUCAUCAGGCUCUGCUAAGAGUUUCCAGAGUGCCAUAUCAGACGUCAUCUGGAGAAAUGCCGGAGUUGACUUCCGUCACAUGUUCAAUGAAGAAUAUCACUUUGAUGGGGAGAGAUUCACCGAGGGGUGGAAACUCAUCAAAGAUGGAAUGACCUCUGUCAAAGCCAGCAUCAAACAAGGGAACUUUGAGGCAGCAAGACAGAAGCUGGGAGACAUUCUACACACCUUACAGGACUUCUACAGUCACAGUAACUGGAUAGAACUGGGUAACAGAUUUCCCCAUUCCAAUCUCAUCAGAUCAGACGUGUCAGACAUCGGCCCUGUUGCAGAUAAGGACACUCCCACAUGUCGGAGCUGUGUCGGUAAAGACUGUCAGAACAACAUCCUAGAAAACAUCAUCAGAGACAAGAUGCUGACCUCGGGAUAUUUUGGCCUUGUACCUUUUUUUUCCACCAAACCAAAAGGGAAAUGCAGCCAUGGGGGAUUAUUGGACCAGACAAGCAGGCAGGAGCCUACAGGUGGGAUCAACAAGGACUCGCUUGAGUCCAACCACGGCAACUGGCACACUGCAGCUGCAGAGGUGGCCGUGGCUGCAACCAGUCAGCUGCUGGAGGACAUCAGAGGGGCUGCCGGGGACACAGACUUCCUACGGAUGAUGGGGAUCUCUAAGAAUGGAUCUAGAGCUCUGUGUUUUGUGAUCGACACCACCGGCAGCAUGUCGGACGACAUUGCAGCAGUAAGGGAGACGACAUCGUUCAUAAUUGACAGCAAGAGAGGAACGCCAGACGAGCCCUCAGUCUAUAUCUUGGUCCCCUUCAAUGACCCAGACUUUGGGCCCCUGAUGCGGACCACAGACCCACAAGUCUUUAAGGCCCAGAUCAAUGCACUGAAUGCUGAUGGAGGAGGGGAUAUCCCGGAGAUGAGUCUAUCAGGACUUCAGUUGGCUUUAACUGGUGCACCCCCCUCUUCAGAGAUCUUCCUUUUCACUGAUGCCCCUGCAAAAGACUUGAAUCUAAUGGGCACGGUGAUCGCUCUAAUAGAACGCACUAAGUCAGUGGUGACCUUCUUCCUAACUGGCUCUUUGGGGCUCCGUCGUAGGAGGGGUAGUGACCAGGGCCAAGGACAGGUCCAGCACAGUCGGAUGGCAGUGUCAGACUCCCAGCUCUACAGGGAGCUGGCCCAGUCCUCAGGUGGCCAAGCCAUACAGGUCACCAAGACAGAACUGCCCAAGGCCACCAGCAUCAUUGUGGAAUCCUCCAGCUCUUCAUUGGUGACCAUUCUACAGGCUGUGCGGAGUACAGGAAGGGCUGAUAAUUUCUCCUUCACUGUAGAUGAGUCUGUGAGAAACCUGACUGCUUAUGUCACAGGAAGCUCCCUCUCCUUCACACUCACCAGCCCCUCAGGUGUGUCCCAGAGUAGUGGGGAGGUAAAUGGGUCUCUGGCAACGAUUAAAACCGUGGGGAACUUCCUCACACUGGGGCUGGACAGCCAAGCGGGAUUAUGGGAAAUCCGUGUGUCGUCAACUGUGCCCUACUCACUGAAGGUCGUAGGUCAGAGCGGCAUCGACUUCCUGUUUGACUUUGUGGAGGUGUCCCAGGGACCUCAUCCAGCCUUCGCUGUUUUAGAGUCCCGUCCUCAAGCUGGUGGUAAUGCCACCCUGCUGGUGUCAGUGACGGGGAGUGAAUCUGUGAGUCUGACAGAGGUGGCGCUGGUUGAGGCCUCGGGGUCAGGGGAGGUAAAUGGAACCUUGGAAUCAGUCGGCGGUGGGGACUUCCUGGUUACCAUGGACAGAAUCCCGGCGGGGGAAUUUGUUGUGCGUCUGAGAGGAGAGAACAGCGCCACCACUAGGGCAUUACCAGACAGCUUCCAGAGACAGUCCUCCACCCGCUUCAGAGCCUCCACUGUUAUGGUGAUGGCUAAGGCAGAAAGUGACCUGGAGCCUGGAACACCCUUUUCAGUUCUGUUCACUGUGACAACCAACGGGACAGGUGGAUCCUUCACCAUCCGGGCCACAAACGACCGGGGGUUCCCCUCCUCUUCCCCUACAGACCUGACGCUAGAGACCGGGGUCAGUGCCAACGGUACAGUGACUCUCACGGCUCCCGCCAACACCGCAUCGGGCACGGACGUCACCCUGACUAUCGAGGCUGAGUCUCCCGGGGCCACCGACACUAACUAUGCUGUUAUGCGCCUCACAGUCGUUUCACCGGUGACAGAUGUCAGCCGUCCGGUGUGCGAUGUGGUCAGCGUAACAGCUAAUUGUUCUGACGACUGCAGCCUGUCUAUGUGGGAGCUCUCUGCCAACCUGACGGACGGCAACGGGACUGGCAUCGAGCACGUCACUCUGCGCCAGGGCAACGGAACCCUCAACACCACCACGGUGAAGGGCGCUGGGAAUUGGACCGUGACUCUGGCAGCCUACAGCGCCUCCUGCUGUUCCCCGGAGGUAGAGCUGGUGGCGGUGGACGGCGCGGGGAACGUGGGAACCUGUUUUAGGUCCAUCAGAGUCACAGUGGAUACCACUGUCCAGCCACCAGUCACCAAUGCUACCACUAAGAACAGUAUCACCGUGACUACACCUAAAGUUGCCACCACCGCCGCCGCCGCCGCCGCCGCGAGCAGCAGCCAUCCUCUGUCCCUCUCCUCGUAUCUCUGUUUCAUCAUGUUGGUCUCUGUCACACUCGUUUUGAGCCUCUAGUGUCACGGUGUGACUUCUGGUCUUGAAAGAUGUUUAAUCAUAUUCAAUAGAUUCUCUGUUAUA